AUGCUUUCUACUAGUUUAGUCAGUGUUAUUCUUGAUGAUUCUGAUUCAGAUGAUGAUUUGGAGUUGACAAUAUCUGCCAUAGGAGAGUUGCUUAAUAAAAGAAGGAGGACAUCACCACAUCGCGGUUCAGUUUAUGGUCAUGCCUAUAUAUGGCGUGAUAGAGUUCAUGGGCAUCACAAGCUUUUUCAUGAAUACUUUGGAGAAAAUCCUGUCUAUUCUCCAAAUUUAUUUCGAAGGAGGUUUCGAAUGAGUCAAUCUCUUUUUCUUCGUAUUCAAUCUGCUGUAGAAGCUUAUGACCCAUAUUUUGUUCAAAAAAGGGAUGCUGUUGGAUUUUUGGGUUUGUCUUCUCUCCAAAAAAUCACUGCUGCAUUAAGGAUGCUUGCAUAUGGAGUUGCAGCAGAUUAUGUUGAUGAAUAUGUAAGGAUUGGUGAAAGCACUGCAGUUGAAAGUCUUAAAAAAUUUGUUAAAGCAAUAGUUUCAAUUUUUUCGGAGAAGUACAUGAGAUCUCCAAACAAAAUUGAUAUUGAUAGACUGUUCAAAGAAGAUGACAGUCGUGGGUUUCCUGGAAUGUUAGGAAAACUUGUUGAAGGACGAGCUCCACUAGCUAACUAUUCAAUCAAUGGUCAUGACUAUACAAUGGAAUACUACCUUGCUGAUGGUAUAUAUCCUUCAUGGUCAACAUUUGUGAAAACAAUUCCAUUUCCACAAAGUCAUAAACACAAACAAUUUGCUGCAGCUCAAGAGUCAGCAAGAAAAGAUGUUGAACGAGCAUUUGGAGUGUUGCAAGCAAGAUUUGCCAUUGUCCGUGGACCAGCACUUUUGUGGCAUCGUGAAACUCUAAAGGACAUUAUGAAAGCUUGCAUCAUAUUACACAACAUGAUUGUUGAAGAUGAAAGACAUGUUAAAAAUUUAAAUUAUAAUUAUGAUGCAUUUGAUGUCAAUCCAGACAUAUCAAUUUCGCACGAGCAGACAACAAAGCUUUUGGAAUUUGUUCAAUGUCAUCGUCGCAUUAGGGAUAGAGAUAUUCAUUCUCAACUACAACAAGACCUAAUCGAGCAUAUAUGGAAAUUACAUGGAAGUCAUAUAUAA